AUGAAGAACGGAACCGCUGAAGAACUGCAUCGCAUCUAUAACGCUGCCGUCACAGUCGUCAACGCACAGGAAAGUAUAGGUCGUCCCAUUGAAUCUCACGGAAUGGACCUCCUAAACUACCUGAUCGUCGAACAAUUCGACGCACACACUCGGAUGGAAUGGGAGAAUUCCAUAUCCGACUCCAACAAGUCACCACAGCACGAAACACUGUUGGACUUCAUGACGCGACGGAUGUUCACACUUAACGCCGUGCAUCCGAAGACUCUCAAGAAGAACUUCGGAGAGUCUUCACGAACGGCGAAGACACAUGUUGCGAAGCACGGAACUGACCUUCCACAAUGCGCACUGUGCCAUGAAAAGCACCAUCUGAUGACGUGUCGCGAAUUCAAGACGAAAUCCGCUGCAGAUCGAAAGGCCUUCGUUGAGACACACAGACUGUGUUUCAACUGCCUCGGAAAUCACUAUCUCACAAAAUGUCAGUCGAAGAAGAACUGCUACACAUGCAAGGCACGGCAUCACACUUUACUGCACGACGCAUACAACACGGUCACCGCACAUACAGCAGAAGCCACUUCACUCGCCGCACUGCACAAAGCCAAGGAACAGAAGGCUGUACUUCUCGCCACUGCUCGGGUGAACAUAGCCGAUCGCCAUGGAGCACCGCACGACGUCCGAGCACUGAUCGACCAGGGAUCAGAGGUGUCGAUCGUUUCUGAAGCACUGGUGCAACGAUUGAACCUGCCUCGAUCACGCACCGACAUGGCCAUCUUUGGGAUCGGAGGCGCACGACCAGGAUCAACGCGUGGCAAGGUCACGCUGCACCUCACUUCGGACAUCACGAACGCCCGGCUCUCCGUGAUAGCGUUUAUAUUGCCACGCCUAUCACUUCUUCAAGGCUCCACGUCCAGCACACUACAAGAUUGGCCGCAUAUUCGAGGACUCCAACUGGCGGAUCCUCAAUUUCACGAGGACGAUCCAGCCGAGCUACUCCUGGGAGCAGAGGUGUGCUCCUUAAUUCUUGAAGAGGGUCUACGCAAGGGUGGACCUCAGAUGCCAAUUGCGCAGAAGACAUCACUAGGAUGGAUACUCUCUGGAGGCUCCGACGUCGCAUCCGCAGAAGAGCACCGUCGCACAUUCCAGUGCACUGCCGAUCACGAGCUACUCGAGCUGGUGCAGCAGUUUUGGGAACAGGAACGGGAGCCCAACGCAGUCACGACACUCUCCGUCGAAGAGCAGACGAUAUGUGGUGAAGCUGCCGUUCUCCUUACCAAUCACUGCACUCCGCGAAACCCGCAAACCAGCUGA